CAGGGAUCUGAGGUGGUGCUGCCUUUUGGAACCGAAGAAAAGAUGGAGGCAGAAAAGUCAAGUACAGAGUGGAUAAAACACCUUUCCCUUCAUAGUGGUUAUUUCCAUGAAACUCUGCGUGACUGGCAGUCAGUGGGAUCUACUAUAGACGCGAGUCAACUGAUUUAUCCACUCUUUAUUAGCUCAAAUGAUUCUACAAAAGAAGAAAUAACGUCAAUGCCAGGGCAGUACAGACUAGGUCUCGAUCACCUCAAAGAUAUUGUUGCUCCGUUGGUUUCGAAGGGUCUCAAGACAGUUCUGCUCUUUGGUAUUAUGGAAACCCAGAUGAAGGAUACUUCUGCUUCUAAUUAUGCUUCAGAAAAAUUCAACAAAGUGAUACCAGCAGUUAAAUUGUUACGAGAUAGUUUUCCAAACCUGUUAAUAGCUUGUGAUGUCUGCCUUUGUACUUUUACCAGCCAUGGACAUUGUGGAAUCAUAAAGGACAACGGUACAAUUGAUAUAAAGGCAACAACAGAGCUGCUUGCAAAAGUGGCUUUAGUCUAUGCAGAAGCGGGGUGUCAUAUUGUUGCUCCCUCUGAUACCAUGGACGGUAGAGUUAAAAUGAUUGCGAAAAUUCUCGACACACAUGGAUAUCGGAGACAGGUGGCGAUAAUGAGCUACAGUGCUAAGUUUGCAUCAUGUUUUUACGGACCCUUCAGGGAUGCAGCAUCUUCAGCGCCUUCAUUUGGAGACAGAAAAUGCUAUCAGUUGCCACCUGGUGGGAAAGGAUUGGCCUUAAGAUCAACCGAGCGCGAUAUUCACGAAGGCGCAGAUAUAGUGAUGGUCAAACCAGGAAUGCCAUAUCUUGACUUGGUUCAACAGAUUAAAGCUAAGCAUCCAGAAUUUCCAUUAGCUAUUUACCAGGUCUCUGGUGAAUAUGCAAUGCUGUACCAUGCAAGCAAGGCCGGAGCCUUUCAGCUAGAGGCAGCUGUCCUAGAAGCUGUUACAUCAAUGCGAAGGGCUGGUGCAGAUAUUAUCAUUUCAUACUUCACCCCUCUUCUGCUAGAAAUCCUGGAGAAGCAGCGGAAAAAGUAAAGUGAGAGCAAAAUUUUCAUAUAACAUCGUGAAUUUUAGUAAAACAGUUUAUUCUAACAAGAACAUUUCAAGAUUUAAUUUAUCAAUGAUAUGUACAAUAAGAUUCCUUAGAAACAUUUGUCUUUUAGCUGGAUUUUGAAAAUUCUUUGAUAAGGUCCUUUAUGCUUGGUGAAGUUGCAACAUCGAGAGGUGUAGCACCUGUAUCAUCUUGUAAAUUUGCAUUUGCUCCUCUCUCCAGUAGGCCCUUGAUAACAUGUGCAUGUUCACAAACAACAGCUAAACGAAGUAAUAAAGAUAAUCAUGUAUGGAUGCCAAGAAUGAAUGAGAAUAUUUGUGACAAAUCACAUGGAGAAUUUAAAUAGAGUUUUUUAAGCCCUUCCCGAAUUAGGAGUUAUUAUUUUACUUGGAACCUGGUCUGCUUUGGCAUAACUGAAUUAUCCUUGAUUUUGUGCCCUAUGUCGAUAAAACAGUAUUUCAUUGUCACAAACAACCUGGAUACGAACUGCUCUAGAAAAUUAUGUCAAGUUAGAAAACUAGCCUGCAGCUCUUUACGAAUGAAUUGGGGGUGAUAAAUCAAAAUCUUUGUAUUUUUGAGUUGCCAACACAUCUUUAGAUUAGCCGUCCAUCAAGGAAAAUUUUGAUUGCCGGUUUUCCAAUUACAUUCCUUGGUGAUGUCCAUUUUGUUGUCAAGCAUUACCAAAAGCAAAAGAAAAGUGGCAAUGCUACAUUUAUUACAAUGGAUGGCUACAUAGAAGCUUCUAAAAAAGAGAAACUGGAAAAGUUUCUUCCAGCUCCUCCUUUCGGUUGAUGGACAGCAUUUUCUUGGCAGCAAAGGAGGGAGAAGAUCAAACGACAUCUCUGAAGGGCAUAAAACUGAACACUACCCCUAGGAAAAAGAGCACAUGAUCUGUAUGUUCCAGCUGCAUGUGUUGUAGAAGCAGUUAAGAAUAAAAAAAUUCAAAGCAUGAUUGAAUACCUGUCACAAAGGUUGGAUGUUGAUAGUCAAGUUCUCAGUGCAUUUAAUUCAUUCAUAGCAUUAGAAGAAAUAGUAUAUAUAGAGAAAGUUAAUGGAUUGCUAUGCCUAGAUUUGGAUCCAGGUUUGUUGUCACUAGAAUCUGCCAAUCUCAUUGGUUGCUAUAGCUGCAAAUAUUCAAGGACACUACCAAUGUGUGUUCUUGUUAGAAAGUUGGCCGAAAUGAAAGAAACGUUUGAUUAUGUAACAGUUGUAACGGUAAGGGUCCUUCCAGCAAGGCCCCAUUUUUGUGAUGUUGAGAGACUAGUGCUUUUAAUUUAAUGAAGACACCAUCCAGAAACUCAUUUGAUAAAAAGAUGCAAAAUUUGCAUCCAUUAAAACAUGCCUAAAUUAGAUCAGUUUCACCCAAGGUCCUAUCACUGAAUGACUAAAGAAAAAAAAAAGGGCAAGUAUAAGAAAUAACAGAAGAGAACAGAAAUGGUUUAAAG